AUGACAGGGGAGGAAGAUGGCGACGUCCGCCUCAAGGCUGUGCCUGCAGUAGAUGCUCUUCUUGAGCUGGACGAGUUGUCCCUUGAAGAGUUCGGCAGUGCCUUGAAGGCAGGCGAUCUGGCCGAAGUGACCAUUGUACGACCGGACGAGAAGAGAAACUCGUCAUCGCUUCUGGAUGAAGCUGUCUUGGAGGACACCAAGAGAGUGCUGGAAACACGAAGUGGAUCGUCGAUCCUACGGAAUUCUUUGGAUCCGUACUAUCCUUUGGUAAAGGAAUUUCAAGACGUCGUCUCGAAAGACCCACCUCCAGCCCUACCUCCGAACAAAGGUGUGAGUCAUCAGAUAUACCUGGUUCCGGGUACCAAAACUGCGUAA